CAGACACCAAGCCAUGCAAUGCAAAUCAGCCCAACAACGGUGCAGUCAGCCUGACACGUGGUCAUGGAAAGCAGCAACAUAUCCAAGACCGUCGCGCCAGCCUGAUUCUUGAUAAGUUUUUACUAUGAUGCAGCCCGUUCUUCAAGUCUGACAACGACCUUCUUUCUUGUUCAACUUAUCUUCAUACCACCUGACCAUGGCUGAGCCCGUUGGUAUCACCGGCACUGCUGCAGGACUCGUCUCGCUGGGACUGCAGCUCUAUGGCGAGAUUUCGAAAUACCUCAGCGCUGUCAAGGGCAGGCAGAAAGACCUCGACCGCGCGAGGAGACAUCACCAAACCUUGCAGAUGUGCGUAGACGCCAUUGCCGCCGCGACGUCUUCAUCGAGGGGAAACAAUGCGCAGACAGACGCCGCCCUGAGCGCAUGCGUCCUGUCCUGCGAGAGCGAGUUGAGGGCAUUGGAGGCUCUGGUCGCUCGUUUGCAGGGACCUUCGACCCCGGCUGAUGGCGUGCUAUCGGCCAAGCUCAGAGAAAAGGGGAGGCAGUACGCCUUCCCGUUCCACCGGGAGAGCAUUAUCGAGCUCGAGAGGACGUUGGAGUCUACGAACGGGGUUUUGCAGACGGCGUUGCAAACCCUUGGCUUAGAUGCGGUCUCAAGCAUCAGGUCAGAUCUUGAACUUGUUCAGAUCACUCAAGAAGACAUCCGCACCAAUGUCAGCAGCAUGGCACAGUCCGUCAACGAUGUGUUUACCACUGUCAGUCGGAUAGAACAAAUCGGCCCUAGCAUCAACGCCCAGGUAAUAGCCAGCACGUCAGCAAUGAUGGUUCAGCAGUCCGAGCCCUGGUCACGAACAACGGAAAUCUCAACAAGAACCGAAGAGAACACAAAAGAAAUCCUGCAGGAAUUUUCCCUCUUUCGUAAUCAACAGAACAGGUUCGAAGAGAUUCUGACGGAAAUGGCGAGGGGAUCCGCCAACCACAGAGCUCGAGAUGUCGAAACCGCAAGGCUGAUUGCCAAACCUGCUGACCUCAAGACCAUGUGCGACGCCAUCCUCCAACCUCAAGCGCAAAUCGAACGCAUUGCGACAUCGGGUAUCCCUAUCAUGAAUGACAGGCUCUGCCCUUGUGUCAGGCGUCGGUCAUUGCAGCGCGCGGAAAGUACUUGGGGCCCGAUAUUCUAUACUAAACUGCGGAGAUUGACCAUGCACCACCUGCCUGGAUGUCCUUGGCAGACUCUUACACCUACGGAAUGCCAGCAAAUUCGAGCUUUUGGAUUCAGAAUUUAUAAGAUAGGGUCCCUGUUGGAGGAUGCCAUUCGGUUAUCAUGCUCUCUUAGCUUCGGGGCUGGGGGGUUAAGUAUCAACCAUGGCAUUGAUCGGAUUGCAACAGUCAGUGACGAUCGUUCUCCCGUAUUCAAAAUCCAGGAAAUUAUUGUCAAUUGCCUCGAGAAAAAGAUUUUGGACUUCAGAGAGAAGAAAAAGUUCGCCGAGGAGUGCUUCAAAAGCAUACUCUGGUGUUAUUCCGAGAAACUUGCUUGCCCGUCUGACGUAGAUGGGGAUGGCGCAACCUUGGCUAUGAGACUAAUGCAUAACAUCGUUCCUGGCUUACCUGGCAAUGAAUUCUUUUCAGAAUGGAUAGAGAUAGUAGCCAUGGUGGCAUUACGCUUAAUGCAAGUGAAUGUACCCUUGGCGGGAGACGCCUCUGCGCUCGAGUGAGAUUUCCGAUUCUUUUUCCCCCUCCGGUUAAUUUUUAAUUAGUAAACAAACAGCUUAUUUCUCCUCCCUACUAACUUACUCAGAUUUAUACACUGGAUCGUUUUACUUGAUACUCC